GCUGUUUGACGGCAGCUGCAUUUUAAUCGUGCUCGUUGAACUUACGCGGUGACGCUCAUCGAAUCCACAAUGGGCUGCAAACUGGGUAAGACGAAAGAGCAGCCGCAGAACGUGGUGAGCAAGGAGGCGGACGAGUUCUACAUAUUAGCAACUACCGAGCGCCAUCCCGUGGCGCAGAAGCUGCUAGAGGAAUGGGUGCAGUUCGUCGAUGCGCAGGCGCGGCGGAACGCGGGUGACCCGACGGCCGCGCAGGCGUACGAGAACCGUCCCAAGGAGGUGUGGGCCGACACGUCCAACAGACCACUCACACACCGUUCCGUAGAUUACGUGGGGAAGAUGUUCCUCGAGUACAUUAAACGUGACCUUUCUCAGCGUGGCUGGGGCGGCAACUUUGAUUACAAGGUAGCAGGCGUAGCCAAGCAAGGGUUUUUAAAGGCGAACGCAAUUGUGGAUGCGGCAAAUAGCGAUGUUCCCGAGGAUGUCACGUGGGAGAUCAAGAUUCACUACGACAGCUCCGGUGCGUUGUAG